AUGGUGAGAACUCGUGGUGCCUCCUCCAAGAAGAUCCCUGUUUCUCAAUCCCGAAAGGUGCCAUCUCCUUCGCCUCCUCCGUCUGUGUCAACGGCGCCUCCUUCUGUUCCAACAGCUCCCCAAUAUGUUGGAAAGUCCUGCAAAUCCAAGGCUCGCAAGAAGGUGUUUUCGCUCUCUCAUGAACAUCCUAUGGUGUUUCCAGAUAUCUCUGCUGACAUUAUUGCACCACCAUCUGAAGUGGUGGUGCCCUCUCGAGCCAAGGACCAUUCUCCUCUUCCGUUUGAUUCGUCUUUGGAGGCUAGGGCAAAAUCGAUAUUUGUUUCCUCCUCUUCCAAAGCUGCUGCUGCUGGGUUGCUCAAAUUGCCCUUGAAGCCGAGUCAGUCCAAGAAAAAUUCUGUGACUCCCAAAAGGAAAUUGGGGUUGGACGCGUCUCUUUCUCCUUUGUCUGCUGCCAAGAAAAAAUUGAAGGCUCAUCCCCCUUCAUUGUCCUCCUCCGAAUCAGAUCCUGAGGAAGAUAAGUCAGAAUCUGAAGCAACUCAUGAUACCACAUUGUCUAAUGAAACGGUUCCUGACAUUGCCGAAUCAGAGGCUGAGUCUGAUGAGCCAGAAAAAGAAGACACUAUCCCCUCUGAACACGAAGCCGAAUCUGACUCAGACCACAUUGCAUCUCAUUUGCCAUCCAAAGAUAAAGGGAAGAAACCUCUUUCUGGUUCUACACCUUCACCAAAACAUUCAGGUGUAAAUUUCAAACCUUAUUCUUCCAUUUUUUGCUAUAAUGAUAAUGCACGUGAUAUGGUUCUGUAUGCUCAACGAAAAUUUAUCAUUGAAAGAAAUUAUGUCUUGAGUGAUCAUCGUCCUUUUGGUGUGCUAACAAUGCUUCAAGAUCGACAAUGGACAGGUUCUUUGGGGCCAUGGUUCUCUUUUUCUCCUCAAGACAUUGCUCUUGCUUUGCAUCUUCCCCUUGAUGUCAAGGAUGAUGUUGAUGGUGCCUCUCUUGACAAGGACAUGGUUAUCACUGAGUUGGUAGGUCAAAAAAUGAUAUGGCCAUCUAAUACAGUCAUCUCGGUCUCCAAUCUCACCUACACUUAUGCUGUUCUCCAUAAGUUUGCCACAACAAAUUGGAAGCCCACUUCUCACACCGCCACUAUCUCUUUUGAUAUGGCAUCAUUUUUGUACAAGGUGGGGACCAGUAUUGGUAUAAAUUUGGCUUCGGUUAUUCAUGAUCAAAUCAUUGGGUUUCGCAAAGGUAACAGGAAAAACUUGAAUCUUCCUUUUCCUCAAGUUAUUUAUAAAGUGUUGAGUAUGCAGAAACAAGACCUCCAACGUGAUCAAGAAGACUUGGUGGCCCCAACUACUGCUACUUCCUACAAAGCCUUUGCCCCUCCUACUGAAGCCACUGCUGCUCCGUCCUCCAAGAAAGUCAAGCCCCAAUCUCUGAAGAUCGCCUCGGAUGACAUUCCUCAUGCCUCCUCCUCUGUUGCCACAGAUUCAGGACUUGUUGCAUCAGAAAUAGCUGCUGUUCGAGCCUCUGUUGAUUCUCUAACUGCUCGAGUGAUGUCAAUUGAAGGACUGCAACGUUCUGUGUUGGAGGCUGUUCAAUCUCUGUCAAAAGCUCCAACUGUUUAG